UUUUAUAACUGACAAUACUUGUAAAAUUCUGGCAACACCUUCUACAAAUGAUUGCAAUAAUGAAGAUACUCAUGAAUUUUUAUUUGAUUAUAAAGCAUUUCAAAAUGCUAAAGAAAGAGCUAGUUUAGAUGAAUGUAAUGAAGUUAAUAUCGAUAUAAUAUGGGAGGACAUGGACUCAAUUGAAAAAGAUUCUAUUGAAAAAAGUUCAACAAUUAGUUCUGAUGAAAACUAUCUAAUAAGUGACAUUGAGUGUACAAAUCUUGUUCUAUGUGUAUUGAUAGAUAUUUUUGAUGGACAAAUAAAACGUUGUCCAAAUUAUGCAAAGCCAAGACAUACUCUUUAUCCUCUUCGACAAUUAGUAGAAACAUCUUUAACUAAUUCAGAACAAAGUAUCUUUUUAAGAUUACAACAAACAUCUGAAUUAUCGAUAAAAAAAACAAAAGAAAUAUUUAUUGAAAUCUGUUCUUUACCAGAUAGCAAACCUGAAGAUUGGGAUAUGAAAAGAAUUCGAGAAAUUUGGUUAAGAUUCAGAAGACAAAUUAAAAGACAGAAACAAAAUGCAUAA